CUAGCAUCAAACUUCAAAGUAAAAACAAUUAAAGUGCCAAAAAUACAAAAGAUCUUUUAGUUACAGCUAUACUGUACAUAUAAAUUAUAUAAACAUGGAAGAAAUUUAUUUACAAAUUCGUGACAAAGUAUUCAAAGUAAAAAAAGAUGUUUUGUGUGAACAUAGCGACUACUUCCGCGCAAUGUUUAGCGGAAAUUAUGUAGAAAAUGAACAAAAACAAAUAUGUAUCGAUAUGUUAGAUCCCAACACAAUGCAUAUCAUUCUGCAGUACAUGCAAAUUGGUUUAAUAGAUCUUUCUGAAUAUACUUUGUCGACAAUUAAAGAAAUCACAAUUGCAGCAAACUUUUUACAAAUAACAGAGUUAAUAAAGCAGAUUGAAUACACUUUAGACAUCGGAACAUGUGCAUCAAAUUGGAUGGAGACAAUGGAUAUCGCUGAAAUAUCCUGUUUUCCAAAAUUGGAAAAAUUUUGUGUGGCAUUCGGAUUAUUUUCUUUUAAAUCCAUGAAGCCAGAAUAUGUUCUUAAUAUACACAAACUUGCUUGGUAUUUGUCCCAUCCUUAUUUAGACUCACAAAGUGAAUUAGAAGUUUUUAACUUUGGCCUGGAAUGGAUAUUCCACACUGAAACUGGAGCUGAUGCGCUUCUCGUUAUAAUUGGUUGUUUAGACAUGAAAAAAGUUUCAACUCAAGACUUGGAAGAAAUAAAAAAAUGUAUGAAAGGUUUUGAAAACAGUUUAGCGGCUAAAGUCAUUGAUCUACUUUAUGAUUUGUCGGUUAAUAACCUUGAUUUAUCAGAAACAAUUUUAAACAAACAGAAAAGUGAAUUAUGUGAAAAGUUCACACAGAGAGUUUGGACUGAAACUUUAGAUAUUAUAAAGGAGAGUAAGACACGAUGUUUGCAGUACACACCAGUUAUACCCUUAUGGCUUCUUAAAGAUGGAAAACCAGAAUUACUACCACAUUCUAUGUACACUUAUUAUCAUGGUAGAGGUUUUGAACAAUGGUUAGAAGUUGCUGACAAAAAUUUAUGGGGUUGGAGUGUUGUGGCUUGGGGCUUGACAAAACUUGUAAUAGUAUGUGGUGAGCAUGGCCGAGGCACGGGUAUGUUUAUGAGAGAUGUUAAGGUUUAUGACACACUCAGGAAAGAGUGGACCAGACAUGGUGUUAAUUUACCACAGAGAAGACAUGCAGGCCUGGCCGUUAUUGGAGAUUCUCUUUACAUUGCCGGAGGUGUGGGUGGGUUUAGGGUAGUACUAGAUACAGCCAUUGUAUAUGAUUUAAAACAAAGAUCAUUUAGAAAAAUUUCACAAAUGCCAGAUGCUUUACAAAAUCCUGCACUGUGCUCACAUAACAACAAAGUAUACGCUGCAGGACAGAAAAGUAUAUAUUGUCACGAAGAUACAGGCACCUCAGACUUUUGGAGGAAAGUCGUGGAUACAGAAAUGAGGAUGAGUUGCAUCAGAUCUUGCAAAGAAUACAUUUAUUGUAUACAAGGUUAUUUCAGUAACCUAUACAGGUUCAUGCCAGGUGUUGAAAAGAAUUUACAAUUGAUUACCUAUUUUUCUAGUCUUCCGGCAACCAUAUGCAAUUUAGGAGAGAUACUUUAUAUAUUUACAUGGACUAUUUGCGGACAAUGCGACGUUUUAACAGUAGAAGAAUUCAAAGCAAAGCGCACAGUCGAAAAACCUAAGGUUCUGUUCACACAAUCCGAUAAUUGUAUGAGGGUUAAUGAUGUAGCAGGAUCUUGUUCAUUGGUUAUGUCAGCACCACCAUUGUAUAAAGAGCUUUCAAAAUAUCACAAGCGAUAUUUAGCGAGGUAUCCUGAUCCUGUAUGAAUAUAAUAUCUACAGUGGCAAAUGGUUUUUCUUUCAUUUUUCAUAUUCAUAUUAAGAAUAAUACCUUAAUACGUUUUAAAGAAAAAAAUAUUCAAUGUAUAAAAAUACUAGUCGAUGAACACGGAUUCGCCCACGGGGGCGGGGGGGACAGUGGUAAGGUGUUUGAUACACUAUGUCCUUUUCUGUAUUCCUGAUAAAUUUCGUGGUGACCAGUUACAUAAUUAAGACGCGAGAGCGUAACAAACUUUCGCAUUUAUAAUAUUAGUUAAGAUGAUAAUAUACAAAAUAAUAGACAUAAACUAAAAUCUAGAAGUAUUACAAUUUAUUCCCAAUCCCAAUCAGAGUGUUAAUGUAACAAACAAUAUACGAGCAUGAUAUCCCAACGGUCUUUUUAAUGUGUACCAAAAACAAUGCAUAUUGCUAAUGUAUGUGACCAUGACAUCCGGGUGGGUGACUUUUAGUGAUGUAAGGUUGAUCGUUUCCACAAUGUCGACAAAAAAAAUCGGCGGAUAAAAUCAGCUGUAUUGUGGAAGGCAAAAUACUACCAUAUUUAAAUUAUGGGAGAAUUAUAUAAUUUUUAAUUUAUCUGUUAAUGUAACAGAUUAAAGCAAUCUAUCUUUGAAUUUCUUUAUAUGGUAUGAACUAUAAAUCUGUUCACUCACGAAGACGCGUGCCUCUAUGUUAACUUAUCGGCAUGCAUUAACAAAUAAAUAUAACAUAUAUAUAUAUAU